AUGGCACCCCAUAUUCAUCACGACGGCAACCCAACGGUUGUGGCCGUUGACAAAGACAAGCACAGCUCCUCCGCCGUUCGAUGGGCCGUCGAACAUCUUCUUGUCACCAACACAACUCUCAUUCUUGUCCACGUCAAGACCAAACACAUGCAUAAUCAUCGUAGGUACCCUUUCUUUUUCCAUAUAUCCAUUUUUCUAUCUAAUAUAAAUUUAUAUUUUGUCAAUCAUCACAGAAUAAGAAGAAGAUUCAUGAAUAAUUUUAUGUUCUCAUGCCGUGUAAAUGCAGACGGAUCGAGCGCUGCGGGCCCAGCCCCCGAGGCUAACGAUGAUUCAAUCGACGAAAUCUUCACACAUUUUCGCGCCUUUUGUGCUCGUAAAAGGAUAGUAAUGCAAGUUGUAAUACUAGAAGGCGCAGACGUGCAUAGCACGCUUUUAGACUACAUUAACAGCCACUGUAUCACCAAUGUAGUUCUUGGUGCAUCUUCAAGAACUCUUAUGACAAGGAAAUUUUGGACACAUGAUGUACCGACAAUAAUAAACAAAGCCGCACCCGAUUUUUGCACCGUUUACGUAAUUUCGAAAGGCAAGACACAAUCUAUACGACCGGCGGCACGACAAAUUUCAGCCAGUUCGACUCCUCCUCGAGUUCCGUCUCCACUUCAGUCACCUGAUCAUCCAUCUCUCAGAUAUAAUUAUGACAGAGGAAAUCCAGCAAAAGGGCAUAGAUUAAGUGGUAGUUCUGAGAUGAUAAAGCAUGAGAAUUCAAAUCUAAGUGAUAAUGGUUCAAUGGACUACUAUCAAUCUUCACUUGUUAGUGAUGGUGGUUACGAGACCUCGAAUAAGUGGUCGAAAAAUUCGUCUUACGAUUGGACCGACGUCUCGAGUAGAGACUCGAGGUUUUCGUCGAGUUCGAGCUCAAUGGACACUGAUUUAACCGAGUCGGAAAUCAGCUUCGGAUCAACGGCAAACGUCACAAAAUCGAACAAUUCUGACAAUAAUAAUAGCGUCACGCGACAAGUAGCCAAUAAUCACAUGGCGAACUCGUCGUCUAAUUCAGGAAAAGAUGGAUUGGAGCAGGCGAAGAUGGCAGAGGAGGCGGCGCUUGCUCUAGUAGAAAUCGAGAGAGCGAAAUGCAGGGCAGCCAUUGAAGCAGCAGAGAAAGCUCAGAAACUUGCGGUGAAAGAAACGCAGAGAAGGAAGCAUGCAGAGCUUAAAGCCAGAAGAGAGACUAUAGAAAAGAUUCAAGCCCUCGAUAACUUGUCGAAAAACGACAUUCGUUAUCGAAAAUACACUUUCGAGGAGAUUGAAGUAGCCACUAAUAAAUUCUCGAGGUCCAUGAAAAUCGGAGAAGGGGGUUACGGCCCCGUUUUUAAAGGAAAACUCGAUCACACGAGGGUAGCCAUUAAAGUUCUUAGGGCUGAUGCUGCACAAGGGAGAAAACAGUUCCAACAAGAGGUUGAAGUCCUAAGUUUCAUGAGACAUCCAAACAUGGUCCUACUAAUGGGUGCAUGCCCCGAGUACGGUUGCCUAGUCUACGAGUACAUGAACAACGGUAGCUUAGAGGAUCGCCUCUACCGAAAGGGGAACACCCCCCCCAUACCGUGGGGCCUACGUUUCAAAAUCGCCGCCGACAUAGCGACAGGCCUACUCUUCCUCCACCAAGCGAAGCCCGAGCCCUUAGUCCACCGUGACCUCAAGCCCGCGAACAUAUUACUAGACCGCCACUACACAUGCAAGAUCAGCGACGUGGGCCUGGCCCGCCUGGUCCCACCGUCGGUCGCCGACAGCGUCACGCAGUACCACAUGACGUCAGCGGCCGGGACUUUUUGCUACAUAGACCCCGAGUAUCAACAAACGGGCAAAUUGGGGACGAAGUCGGAUAUUUACUCUCUAGGGGUAAUGCUGCUUCAGAUAAUUACGGCUAGGCCGCCGAUGGGGCUGACUCAUCAAGUCGAGAAGGCGAUGGAGAAGGGGCAGUUUGGGGAUUUGCUCGAUCCGACGGUGUCGGAUUGGCCGGUCGACGAGGCGUUUGGGUACGCGAAGCUGGCGCUUCAGUGUGCCGAGUUGAGGAAGAAAGAUAGGCCUGAUCUUGCCAAGGUUAUAUUGCCUGAGCUUAGUAGGCUAAAAGAACUUGGAAUGGAGUAUGUGUUGAACCAUAAGAAUAACUCUUCAUUGAAUUAAUCAAUUGGAAAUCUGUAAAUUGGAAAAAAAAUGAAAAAAAAAAAAUUAUGUUCAAUUUUAGGUAUAUAUGUAUG